CAGCUUUAAAGGUCACAUCUCAAUGUUAUAUGAUAUUAUUCAACACAUCAAUGCUUCAACAAUGAGAUAUACAAGAGGUUCAUGGGAAAUCACUCCUAAUCCAUUUGUAUAUGCUUGCUACAGUUGAAAGUGGCUCACCGUCUCUGUUUUAGUAGAGAAAAUAUGUCCAAAAUGUAUCACAAUUCUGAUGUUAGCAGUCACCAACAACAAUGGAACUGAUGAUUUGAUAAUGCAUCUCUUUAAAUGAUAUCUGGACCUCAAUAUCUGAACAUUUCUCAUAUCAAAACAAUAGACCAAAAUCCAAUUAUGCCAUAAUUUCAAGAGAACAUAGCUCUACUUCAUAUCAGUCAAAUGCUAAGCCAUUUGCUUCAUUGUCAUUCAUUGGCUUCAUUGUUAGCUUGGUGAUUAAAAGCUGCCUGCUCUGCUCUAAAUGGACAAAGGAGGUCAAGAUGUUUCUUCAAACUAAGAAUCUUUAAAUGUAAUCUGGUUUCCUUUCAUCGACAUAUAUAGAGAAUCUAUCCUUUCCAGCAACUUGAUUGCUAAAGCCAAUCUAAAGCAGACACUUCCACCUUUUUCUGUUCUACAAGGUGCCAAAAACAUAUUCACAUUUGCUUCUUUUUUUAUUGGGAUUGCUUCAGUUUUCUUUCCCUUGAUCCUUGAAUCCCUUGAAUCCCCUGAAUCCCCUCUUUGCAAGGGUUGACACUCAGACAUGUGAUAGACAACGGUAUAACCGAAAGUUGUGUAAUCUCGACUGACAUCUGUGGCAGGUGUGACAUCAAGUAUCAAUGUAAGCGCUUAACUCUGCUCUUUGUCCAUUUGUCUACACAAACUCUUUUGCAUAAGAGGGACCUUAUGCAUAAGUCAGAAUAAAAGUCACACAAUAUUCUCCUACAUCUGUGUAUAUAGGACAUAACUGACCCACUGCAAUAUGAUGUGCUUGUUAUGUCAUUGACAUGUAUGGCUGUAUGUUACACUUAUACUCUAAAGACUAUGCAAUUGUGUUUUUUCUCUCUUUCUUGUUAUUUAUAUUGUUAAAUGGGAUAAAUGUAUAAAUAAAGUGAUGGCAGCACAGGAAACCUUUGAUUUUAGUGCGUCUUACUUGAAGUGAAAACUGCAUUUCAGUUCAAUACCAUAUUUCUUCUUUAACAAAAAGAAUAAGUAAUAAAGAUCAUUGUUUGAUUUUAACUUUUACCCACCAAUUUUAAUUAAACUAUAUCUUUUUAAAGAGGGUCAAUAGUUCUGUUUGGCACUUUUAGAGAUCAUUAUUCAACAAACACACAUCUAGAGUCUCAUCCCAGCUGCAAUCAAACCUUCCCUCUGAACAAACAAAUGGGGCUUUCUGUCUUUUUACUCCCUGUUCAUUUAUCUCUUCACCUUUCAGUGAGGUGCCAUCGACACAGAGUGACAGCCUCUGCAUUCAUGAGAACAUCAUCAUCUGCCCUCCUCACCAACAAUUAGCCCUUCAUCACUCAAACUUAACAAAAGCAAGUGUGCUAAAGUUUUGUCAAGACAAGACAUGCUUUUAAAAUCUUAGCAAUCAAUAUGGACUGUUUGGAUUGUUUUAUGAAUCAGUUAAAACUCAUUUGUAAAUUUCCAGGAAAAUUAAAACAUAUGCGUAAUAUCUCUUCAGAUACUCAACAAUUUGAGAUUUUUUGAUACAACUGCUAAUUGUGAAUUCCAGUUAGUCAUUAAUUAAGUGAUCUCAUCCCAUUCUCCCUCUAAAUGGCCAAGCAUUCAGUCAUUUCAUCAGUAUAUUUGUAUGAAGUCAUCUCUCACUGCCAGCUCCUAGUGACUCCCUCCUUCCUUUCAGUGGCUCUAUAGAUUUCUUUCAAAUGAUAAAUUGGACCAGGGGAGCUGCUGAGGUGUGACCAGGUGCCAAAGGAGUAUAGCUUUUGGUCUUUAAUGGUCCUAAUUAGGCUUAAGACCUUUAGAGCUAUUUGAAUAAGUGCUAAAAGCAUGUUGUGACAUUCUUGUGGGUUGUUACAUCACAAUAAUCAAUAGGAAAACGAAUACAUACUCUGUUAAAACCCUGCUGAAGUGAUCUAACAUAUCUAUCUUCCUGACUUCACAAACAAAUCCAUUAAAAGAAGGGAAGGUGUCAUUAAGAUGUGAAAGUAGUUGCCCGUAUUAUUUGUGCCAUUUUAGUCACGUUUCAAAGCUGCAUCUCCCUUUUGUUUUUCACUUUCUCUCUUUUGAUUGAAGAAAUGCACCGAUUCUGUCCCAUCCAUCACCUCCACCCCUCCCCUCACUCUCCAAACACAGAAACGGGUAACAUUUAAUUUCUAGCCCAUUCUCUCCUGUGGCACCGUUGUGGGCGGAAACUUGUAGCUGACUUUGUGCUGCAUAAACAUAUAACGUAGACUGUGUUGUUUUUCAUCUCAUGAAGUCUUUUGUUGUUGUUUUUCUUGCGGUGAGAAAGUGGAGAUGAACCAGUUGGACGGAUACUACAGCGCGUAAAAGUUGUGGAUGGUUACUUUUGCGCAUAAACAUUUAAGGGACUAUUUUAUCUCCAAAAGUUGCAGUAUCAUACAGGAUCGGGUCAAAUUCUUCCCUCGGCAGAGAUAUCGCUCACAAGCAGGCUGGAAGACCAUCCACUCCGGAGAACACAGCGAAUCCGCAGAGCGCAGAUGAUCGCAACUGGUGUUUGUGGCGUCGCGCUGGUGCUGGUGUUGGUGGUUCUGAUCCCGGUCGUGGUGAACUCCGCCGGGACUCCUGCCCGCUAUGAGAUGCUCGGAUCCUGCCAAAUGGUGUGCGACUCCCACGGGACCGCAGCCACGGCCGCGGCCAAGACGACCAACCCGAUCAAAGACAACCGUCUGGUUCAGUCGCUUCCGACGUUCAUCCAAGGUCCUCAAGGAGAGCCGGGACGCGUGGGGAGGAUGGGUCCGAGGGGCCCGGUCGGCGAGCCCGGGCCACCUGGACCUGCUGGUCCGCCCGGAGAGAGAGGGGUACCUGGUCCUCCGGGUCCACCCGGAGCACCCGGAAUGAAUGGGCCCACCGGUGCCAUCAGUGCAGCCACCUACAACACUAUCCCAAAGAUUGCAUUUUAUGCAGGACUUAAGAAGCAACAUGAGGGAUAUGAAGUGCUGAAAUUCGACGACGUGGUCACAAAUCUCGGCAACCACUAUGACCCCUCAACAGGGAAAUUCACCUGCUCAAUACCAGGGAUUUACUUCUUUGUUUACCACGUGCUGAUGCGAGGAGGGGAUGGAACCAGCAUGUGGGCCGACCUCUGCAAAAACAACCAGGUGAGAGCCAGCGCCAUCGCCCAAGACGCCGACCAGAACUACGACUACGCCAGCAACAGUGUUGUUUUACAUCUCGAGCCCGGAGACGAGAUUUACAUCAAGUUGGACGGCGGAAAGGCGCACGGGGGCAACAACAACAAGUACAGCACCUUCUCUGGCUUCAUGUUGUACGCUGAUUGAAACAAGGGAAAGAUCUGCUCUGCAUAUACUUUGCUUCACUGCUCAUGCUCGGUUCAGUGUCAGUUGGAUUAUUAGAGACAGCGCUCACCAUUUCCCACAUUGCAAACGAAUCAAGAAAGAUGUUGAAGAAGUCAUGCGUAAAAAGAAAAGAACUGUAAAGUGUAAUUACAGAAUAACAAUAAUGAAUUUUAGUGUGUACAGCGUUGAAUUGUACCCUUGUCGGUUUGAUUAGUGUCGCUAUGGCACCCUGACUGAACUGUUUAGCAUUACAAAUUAAGUUUGCUGAUGUGUCAAACAUACUGUAGCUGCUGUUGUAACACAUACUGAGUGUAGAUUCAUUGUAUUGACCUGUAGCACUCAAUUAUAGAAGUUAAAGUUAUAUGCACAUAUUCACCACUCUGUUUACAGUGUUGUUGAUCCAUAUUGGCGCUUUAAUUUUCAACAAAAUAUUUGGUGGCUGUUGCAUUUUGAGUGAAAACGUUAAAAGAUGUAGUGAUGCAUGAUUAUAAAAACUGACAUUUUAACUCUGCGCAGCAUAAAAAAAACACUUAAAAGAAAAACAAAUCUGUAAAAUGUGUUGACGCACUGUCACAAUAUGAUCACUGUAACUCAUUCUUCUUGUCUGUCUCAAUAUGACAGCUGGUUGGAGCGACAGGGUAGUCUGGUGGUUAGUCACCAUCAUAAAACUGGACAGUCACACUGACAGCAACGUUCCCUCGAACUGGACGACACACAUCGAUCGGCCUGCUGUUUGUUGAGCCCCUCUAGAUAUGAUUGUCAGCUAGAAUGUAAAAUAUGAUGUUAAAUUAAAUCCUCUGGCUUUACUUUCUAAUCCUCUCGGAAGAUUAAUCAAAAGUUACAGUUUUUCACGGUGCACAGUCAGCUGUGGCGAUCACGCCAUUGAUCAUGGUGUGAAGUCACCCUGUGAAGCCACCUGUUCCCAGAUGAGAGGAGAAUGUGUCCUUCAUCUGGGCCUCCCAGAAACCCACUGAGGGGCAACAGGACAACUCAUCUAACACAGCCGCAUUGUGUCGAGAGCAGAGCGGCAUACUGAUUACCAACACACUCAUUAUUUUC